AUGGCUCCCUACAUCCUUGAUCCUUCUGCCCUCAUUUCAGCCUUGCCAAAGGUGCUGCCACCGACCAAGCAGCGACUUGAGUCACCGCAAGAUGCCAUAGCUGCUCUCAUACAUACUGCUAUGAUUACGUUGGGCUUCCGUCUUGUUGCUGUGGAUGAUAUUUCUCCAGCGCGGUCCAUCUUGAACAGCGUACUUCCGGAAGAGUGGAACCAGCAUGGUCCCGGAAAUUACACCUUCAGAUACAGGCAUGAGCAGAGCAGUCUGGAGUUUGUACUGAAGGUCGUCAGGCUGGGCUCUCGCACCCUAAUCAACUCGGUCGCGAUCGAGAGCGAUAAAGCCGCUGCGCUUGACAUCUCGACGAACGACUUUACUUCGCCCUCUUUUUUCCCGCAUGAUCUCAGCGCUCCCAAUGCGCAACCACUUGUGCACGGCUUCAUAUCUUCCAACCGACUGGAAGACUUAAUGUCUCAGUUCAAGCUCACGACCGUCCAAAAGCUGGUCCCUGGUCUUCGGAAGGAAGGCUAUACCGAAAUAUCGUCCAGCUCUGGCGCAUCUGCUAGCACCAGCCAACCACGAACAGAUAUUCCUGCUCCAGCCAGACCAGUGCCUCAAAGUCCUCCACAAGCUCCUGAGCGCUUUGUUCCUCCAUAUUCUUCCCCCGCACAAGGUAUACCCGACAUCGGGCGGCGUGAUUUGGACCCAAUUCCGCGAAAUCCCUUCUCGCCGCCCUCUCUCUUCCCAGACAAUGCAGGAGAUGGGAUGUAUGUCGGUCCCGAGCACCCUAUCUUUGGUCCCGGUAUAAGAGGGCGAGGUCCUGGCGGGAGAGGUCCAUGGGGAGGCGAUGGUUACCUUCCGCCUAUGGGUGCCCCCCCGGGUGCUCGAUUCGACCCAGUUGGACCUAAUUUGGGUCCUUUGCCUGGAGGCCCACCUUUCCCUUCCCCUGGGACAUUUCCCCGUCCUGGGCGGGGGGCGUUUCCAGGCUCAGGACAAGAGCCUGACCCGGACGAGUUUAUGCCCCCUGGAGCAGGUGACAUGUAUAGCUGA